GAACUUUUCUUGCUCUAUAUUUAGAGCUCUUCUUGUAGUUGUUUCUUUGCAAGAAAUACAAGAAUGGCUUUGAUUUUCUCUCUUCUCUUUGCACUCUUUCUUUCUUUCUUCCAUUGCUCAAUUUUUGCUGCUAUUCCCCCUCAGCCCCUUGAUGGACUUUUGGAGAAUGGACACUUUGAAGAUGCACCAGCGAAACAAAACCUGAAGAACAAAGUCAUAAUAGGAAAAUACUCACUCCCAAAGUGGGAAAUCAAUGGUAGAGUAGAGUAUUUGUCAGGUGGGCCACAGCCAGGUGGCUUUUAUCUAGCCAUUCCACGUGGGGUCCACGCAGUGAGAUUAGGCAAUGAAGCUAAUAUCUCUCAAACUUUGAGUUUAAAGGCAGGUUCAAUUUAUGCCCUAACAUUUGGGGCCACUAGAACAUGUGCCCAAGAUGAAGUGUUAAGGGUAAUUGUCCCUGGCCAAUCAAGUGACCUUCCUCUUCAAACCUUGUAUAGUAGCGAUGGAGGUGACACUUAUGCCUUAGCAUUCAAAGCAGUCUCUGCCCUUAUUAAGGUCACAUUUCAUAACCCUGGGAUUCAAGAGGACCCUUCCUGUGGUCCUUUAUUGGAUGCUAUUGCAAUUAAGGAGAUGGUGCCUCUUAAGUAUACCAAAGGCAAUUUAGUGAAGAACGGUGGAUUUGAAAAUGGUCCUCAUGUGUUCAAGAACUUCUCAACUGGAGUCCUCCUUCCUGCAAAGCAACAAGACCUAAUUUCAGCGCUCCCUGGCUGGAUAAUUGAAUCCUUAAAACCAGUAAAAUACAUAGACAACAAACACUUCUCUGUCCCUUCAGGAUUCGCCGCGAUCGAAUUGGUUGCAGGGAGAGAGAGUGCCCUUGCACAAGUCAUUAGAACAGUGGCUAACAAAUUCUACAAUCUCACAUUUACAAUUGGAGACGCCAAAAAUGGCUGCCAUGGAUCAAUGGUGGUUGAAGCUUUUGCUGCUAAAGAAACCCUAAAAGUUCCCUUCGAAUCACAGAGCAAAGGCGAAUUCAAGACGGCAAGUUUCAAAUUCCAAGCAAUUUCUAAUAGGACUAGAAUUACAUUUUAUAGUGCAAAUUAUCAUACUAAGUUACAUGAUUUUGGUCACAUGUGUGGUCCUAUUUUGGAUAAUGUUAGUGUAUUUCCAAUCCGUUAUUAGUCACUACUAGAUUAAUAGUUUUACAGUUAGUGUUGUUUUUUAUCCCCUUUGACAAAAACGAUAUCAUGAGCCGGUUUUUAUAUAUCGGAUUUAAAUUUGUAUUUUCGGUUUAAUGAAUUGUAUCUUGAGAAUAGUUAUGAAGAACUAAAGGGUUCUGUAAUAGUAAAAAGAAUAACUUGAAGUUA